AAAAAUCAUUUUUAUAGAGAGCCGUCAUAUUAAAAUGACAACUAUGCCCUCUCAGUCCGCACCCCUUAUCCGUCAAACUCACGAUCUUCGAGAUGCUUCCAGAACCCAUUUCAAUCUUUCACAAAACCCUAAAUUCUUUAAAAAAAAAAAUCCAUUCCAACAUUCAAUCCCCCAAAAACCCCAUCUCUGACGCUAAAAUCAGAUCCCUUUCCAUACCAAGUUUCACUGCAAUUAAAGUAAAAAUCAUGGGCAUAAUAAAAAGUAGUUUUUCAUUCAUCGUAGGCACUGUUUGCGGGAUUUACGUUGCCCAAAAUUACAACGUUCCCAACAUCAAGAAGCUGGCUGACAUCGCAUUCUUCAUGGCCAAGCAAGUCGAAGAGAAGUACCGCAAGCCUAAGAACAGGGACGACGAUUAGCUACUACAUACUAUGCCAUUUUCCGGAACCAAUAGAUUUAACAGGUUCAAUUUUGUUUUCUCCUCAUAAUUAUGGGAAGGAAUAAUGUUGAAUUUGGGUUCUAGGCUCAUGUUCAUUGUGAUUUUGGGACUAUAUUGAUUUUGGGUUGUUCAUUGUUGAGGGAAGGAAUGCAACAGGACUCAAAAAAAACCUUCGAACCCGCUGUUAUUAACUCGGGCGUUUGUUCUUUUCACAUAUUGAGAAAUCACAACUUACCAUUAACUUGGCUUCAGGUUAUGCAUAGGUUACUAUUUUGUUGAAUGAUGGAGGUAUCUUGAGUUGUUAGUAGUAUUAAAUUAGUUAGAUUUUACUCCAUAGUCAGUGAUCAUACUUUUCAAUUAGCAACAGGUGGUGAGUUUUUCAAUGGUUAUGAAUUUUGGAGUGCAUGAUAUUUACACUCGGCUGCAAUGCAGCUGCCAGGUAAGGUUAACCCUUUUGACUCAGUAUUUAUUAACCCUUUAAGUUUCUGAGAUGGAUUUUUCUUCUAGGCAUUGCUUUAAUUGCAGGAAGAUUCUUACCUUCUUAACUUUAUUUGAUGUUAAUGGUGGGUGUGUUUCUUACGCCAGCAGCUUGGUGGUUAAUCCUGCAUCUUAAUAUGGCUUCCAAUUUUUGUUUUGUAAAGUUUUAGAUUAAGCUGAUUGCUUAUCCUUGAAAUCUGGUUUCAAGUGAAUUAUGGUGUGGAAUAGGUUGCAUGUUGUUCCUUGGUUUGGAGUUCUUUUCUUGGUGCCUUGCUCACCCAAUGCUCUCCUAGUCCUAAGUUAUCUGCCAUAAAGGUCAAGUACAGCUUCCAAGCUGAAGUGGCCAUAUGUUGUAGGGAAGCAGUUAUAUUAUUCACUGCCAGCAUUUUACUGCGCCCUAUAGGUCAACUAUAGCUUCCAAGCUUUGUUCCGGCCAUAUUCACCGUUUACAGAAACACGGGUGGUAUUGCUUCUAUUUUAUACAGUGUCCUGUGUCCCCAUCGCGUAAUGGCUUUCAAGUUAUGUGUAUGUUUCUUCCAUGAGGCGUAAGCAUUGGUCAAUUUGAUAGCUACUUGAAUCUUUCUUCUGCGUCACAAAUAACAUUUUAGUCAUACUCAUCCUAAUCUGUUUGUAAUGAAAUAUUUGCUGAAAAUUUUUUUAAUCAAACAGAAUUUAUUUAUUUAGUUUCAUUUUUCAAGGAAUACAUCAAAGUUCAUCGGGUAAUUUGUAAAUUUGUAAGAUUACAAGUGGAAUAGUCCUGUGUAUCUUUACUGGGCCUUUAAGAUUCAUGCAGUAGUUGAUCAAUUCCAAAUUUCCUACACUCUUUGGGCUUCAGAUGUUGUCUCCUUUUUUGCCAGUUUCUUUUCAUUCGGUUCCACAGGCGGCCCAGGAAAUGAGACAUAUUAUAAAUCCAUUAAAAGCAAAUGUUUGGGAUAUCUAC